ACUAUUUGUAUCUGUAUACGUGCUCUAAAAGUUUGACAUUUGGUAUAGAUAACGUGUAUUGUCGUAAUUGGAGUUAUUUCUUCCGUUUAUUUUCGAACAAAUGAAUAUUUAUAUCGACAAUGACAACUACUAAAGAUUCAGCGAAAGAAGAUGUACAAACAGAACCAGUUCUUUUUACGGAAGAUCAUAGUUCACGAUGUGAAUCUCCGAAACGUGGAACUACUCUUUCGACGAGCACAAGCAGCUUUGAGGCAUUAGAUCCUCAUGAUCCAAACCUUAGUCGAUUAGCGAAUACUAUGUUUCAAAAGACUGGUGAAUAUUUGCAAGAAGAACUUACAGCUACUCAUGCAGAUUAUCGUUUAUUGGAACGAUUAAACAAAGAAACCAUUGCAAAAUAUACUGAGCUGAAAACCAUAUCAUCAGGUGUAUCUCAAUCUUUAGAUUCGUUAAAUGAAAAAUAUAAAAAACUGCAACCUAUUUUGGACAAUAUUAAUGAAAUUGAUGAUAGCGUAACUAAAUUAGAGCAAGCUGCAUAUAAAUUAGCGGCAUAUUCUAAACGACUGGAAGCAAAGUUUAAAGAUAUCGAGAGAGAUGGAAAGAACAAGUGAAACUGUGAUAUGUAACAUAACAUAAAUGAAGUAAAAAUGUAAAAAGCAGUAAAUUAACCAAAAUAUUUAUGCUACAAAUGGAUUUAUUUAUCUGUAGAAUAUAAUUUAAUAAUUAUUUGUAUAUAAAGUAAAACCAUAAAAAUUAUGUUUAACACAGAAAGAGAAACAACGGCUAUUAACUUGCAUUCUUAUAAUUAGCUAUAUUAGAAAAGUUUACAUGUACAUGUUUUUUAUAAAGGUUUUGUAAAAGAUUGAUGCAUUUCUUCUUACAUUAACUCACAAUACAUCACAAAUUUUGUAAUUAGUCUACUUCUUAAGUGUACUGUAUUCUACUUAUAAACUUAUUUUGUAUCCUGAAACUUUGUUACCACUUAAUUUCCUAGAAAAUAAUGUACAGUAAUUUAUGGUAUGAACAUAAACCAAAAAUAAAUAUUCUUAUAUGUAAUAAAAAUUCAAAUAACAAUGUAUCAAUAUAUAAUGUUAUUAAAAACGAAAAUUUCUGGUAUAUGUUGCUGUUUAAACUCUUCAUUAAUUAUAUACGAUAUAAAUCCUUUGCAAUCGUAAAACAGAUUAAAAUAGUCGUGAAUAUGUGUUUAACAUUAUAUUGAUAUUU